GGCGCUGCCCCGGCCAUGGAGGAGCUGCUGCGCCGCUCGGUGCCGCCGCUGCCGCCCUACGAGACCAAGGAGAAGGCGCCGCCGCCCGCCGAGCUGCGCGGCGCGGAGUUCGUGAGCUUCUACCGCGCGCUGCAGCCCGGGCCGCCCCGCGCCGAGCUCCUGACCCGCCUGGCCCGCGACUUCGGCGUGGAGCACGGGCGGGUGGCCGAGGCCGCCGCCAAGGUGCUGCAGGCCCGCGAGCAGCGCAGGGAGCCCGGGGCGCUGCUGCAGGCCGAGGACCGGCUCCGCUACUACCUGAACCCCCAGUACCGAGGGCUCUUCCAGCAGCUGGGCCGCCUGGAGGGCGGGCUGCGCUUCCUCGUGGAGCUCAGGGCCGACCUGAUGGAGGGGCUGGCGAGCAAGGCCGUGGAUGGGCCCCACGUCAAGGAGAUGAAUGGAGUUCUCAAGAACAUGCUCUCAGAGUGGUUCUGCACAGGAUUCCUCAACCUGGAGCGGGUUACGUGGCAGUCACCCUGUGAAGUGCUCCAGAAAAUUAGUGAUUCUGAAGCUGUGCACCCUGUGAGGAACUGGGUUGAUAUGAAGAGGCGAGUUGGGGCCUACAGGAGGUGCUACUUCUUCUCUCACUGUGCCAUCCCAGGGGAGCCCCUGAUUGUCCUGCACGUGGCACUCACCAGUGACAUCUCCAGCAGCAUCCAGGCCAUAGUGAAAGAAGUGCCACCUCCAGAGACAGAAGAUCCAGAGAAAAUCACAACAGCAAUUUUCUACUCCAUCAGUUUGACUCAGCAGGGCCUGCAGGGGGUGGAACUUGGCACUCACCUCAUCAAAAGAGUUGUCAAGGAGCUGCAGAAAGAACUUCCUCAGAUAGAAGCUUUUUCCACACUUUCCCCUAUCCCAGGAUUCACCAAAUGGCUCGUUGGUCUCCUCUCCUCCCAGACAAAAGAGCAAGGAAGGAAUGAACUUUUUACAGAAUCUGAGUGGCAGGAGAUCUCCGCGCUCACAGGAGACCCCACCACCAACACACUGAAGAAACUGCUCAACACCAACGAGUGGGUGAGGUCAGAGAAGCUGACCCAGGUGCUACACUCCCCCCUGAUGAGGCUCUGUGCCUGGUACCUGUAUGGGGAGAAGCACAGGGGCUACGCCCUCAACCCCGUGGCCAAUUUCCACCUGCAGAACGGCUCGGUGCUCUGGAGGAUCAACUGGAUGGGGGACAGCAGCCCCAGGGGCAUCGGCGCCUCCUGUGGCAUGAUGGUCAACUACAGGUAUUUCCUGGAGGAGACGGCCUCCAACAGCGCCCUCUACCUGGCCGCCAAGCAGGUCAGGGCCUCGGAGCAGGUGCUGGCCUUGGUGGCCCAGUUCCAGCAGAACAGCAAGCUCUAGGGGCACAUCAUCAUCAUCAUCAUCAUCAUCAUCAUCAUCAUCAUCAUCAUCAUCAUCAUCACAGUGAGUGGUGCUGACUGCGAAGAGCUGCGCUCACCUGCGCUGUCUUAUUUCCAUCAGAAUGUGCUCAGGGCUGCCUGGGUUAGCAGGUCUUGCUCACAAGGUGUGCUCCACCUGCUUGAAUCACCUGUGGUCUGUAUUAAUGGAGAGUAAAAUCUUCUUCAUCAGGUACGGCCCAGGGGUGACUAAAAAAAUACCUGAGCCAACAUGAUUCUGUUGGUAGUUUAUUAUAUCAGCUGUGUUUGAAAAGAGCUGCACUUCUCUGUCAAAAUGCUGCUAUAGAUUGUUCACAACCAAAGUACCUGGAAUAAAGGUAAAUUUGGGGUCAAAUAUAUUAUCAAAACAGCAAUCUACAGUUUAUUUCUACAAUAUCUGUCUUUUGCACCCUCAGAAAAAUCUCAUGUAAAACAUCCUGGUAUUUCCUGUUUAAAUCUAAAACUCACAGAAUCUUUGCUUUGCUGGAGGGUGGAAGAGCCUUGCAGUAAUGUUGAAAAAUCAGGGUCUCAGUACAGCAGGUAUGUUAUGUUAGAUUUGCAUGUUUGGCUGCUAAAAUGUAAUGAGCAAUAAGGAAGUGUUCACAUAGGAGAGAACAAAGCCAGACUGUUACUUGGGAAUCAGGUGAGGAGUCUCUAAAUAUGUAUUUAUAUGUUGGCUCUGGGAAUGUUUUAAGUUAAUAAAGAGCUUUUUUAAUUACGAGGUAGGUGUGAUUUAUAAACCAAUAAAACAAACUUUCUCAAUAAA